CCAUGGGCUUCUCUUUGUCAGGAAUGAAGUACUUCCCCGAGGCAGACAUCCACUACCAGGACAGGAUCUUGGGGGAUGGGCAGCUGCUGCCUGAGAAGUUCAAUGGUUUCUGUAACCUGGAGAAGUUCUACACGGACCCCAGGUCUCCGGACGGGCACUCCUACCGCCUGCAGUCCUGGAUCUUUGGGAACCGUGUCCUGCAGUAUGCCGAUGCCCUGGAGCACCUGCUCAGCACAGGUCAAGGCGUGGUGCUGGAGCGCUCUCCCUACAGCGACUUUGUGUUCCUGGAUGCCAUGUUAAAGCAGGGAUAUGUCCACAAGAGAUGCCUUGAUCACUACAAAGAGGUCAAGGAGAUCAGCAUUUCUGAGUUGCUGCCACCUCACUUGGUCAUUUAUGUAGAUAUGCCUGUCCCUGAGGUGCAGAAGAGGAUUCAAGAGAAAGGCAAGCCAUAUGAGAAAAAGGUGUCUCCUUCCUAUCUCCAGAGCAUUGAGGAUGCUUACAAGAAGACCUUCCUACCAGAGAUCAGUGAGAGCAGUGAAGUUCUGCAGUACACAGCAACUGCAGCUGAGGAUGUGGAGAAGGUAAUUGAAGACAUCGAGUACCUGAAGUUUGACAAGGGGCCAUGGGUGGAGCAAGAUGAUGUUUCUUUCCAUCACUUGAGACUUUAUGUGCAGGACAAGGCUGGAGUGGUGGAUUCCGUGUCCAUCCCGCACUUCGUCCCCGAGAUCACCAUCGGCGGCUCCGAGUAUGACAAGCUCUACUAUGAGUACCAGGCGCUCCCUGGACGCAAGUACAAGCCAGGCUACAACGCCGACGCUGGGGACAAGUGGAUCUGGCUGAAAUGAGAUCUGUUCCUGCUGGAGCCCUGGCCAGGAUGGCCCAUGGGACCUGAGGGAAGAGGAGCUACAUUCAGUGCACCUGCUCCACAUCAUUUGUGUAGCACCAAGGAAAUGCUGCCUAAAUCAUUUCCCAUCCCCAGCAGAAGGGAGUAGACUCCCAGAAGGAAAACCAUUUUGUUGUGGAUUGUUUUUCCCUGAGGAGCCUCAGGGAUGUGGGAUAACCAAGUGAGCUGGGGCAGGCUCAACAUCAGAGCUGAACUUUCUCUUCCUCAAGGCUGUGGCACAUUAUUAUCCAGGAUUAUUGUUGUUCUGCUGAUUCAAGAGAAAUUAAACCUGUACCCUCCUGGCUCUCACAAAGUUAA